UGCCCCCACCGCUUCCGCCAAACUCCCCUGCACCGCCCGCUUCGCCUCCUCCGCCUUGCCGGCAGCGGCGCAGCGGGCGCGCUGGGCAAUGUCAGCCUUCUCGCUCGUGGCAGCGCUGGCCGGCACAGCGCAGGCCAGCACGGAGCCUCCUCACUCGAGCAACUCCUCCUACUUCAUCACUGUCACAGCUCAGUCGCACGCCGGCUGCGCCGCAGAGUGCGUGGCUGCCGGUGGCGCCCUCGCGUGCAUAGACAGCGACAGCGACACCGCCGCCGCCGCCAGCCUCUUGCUUGAGACAGAGACCUACGUUGCCUGGUUCGGGCUGCACCAGUACCCGACCGACCAGGGCGCCGAGGCUGGGUGGAAGCCGUCUGCGCUGCGCUGCGACCCAGGCUACCGCAAUUGGGCCUUCGGGCAGCCAAACAACAGGCGAGUGGACGAGGACUGCGCCACCGUGCAAGGACCGUCGGGUAAGCAGCGAGAUCAGCCGUGCGAGUGGCGCUUCCACUGCCUCUGCGAGCGCUCUGCCGAGAUGUCGCCCGACUACGCUUCUGACUACGCGCUUGCCGACGAGGCAGCCCGACGUCGGGCGACGCCACUGUUCGUCGCGUACCUGGCUGGCUGCGGCGGCUUCUCGUUGACGCUCCUCGUCCUCGUCCUCGUCCGCCGCUGCCACCGGCGCGUCGCGGAGGAGACGGCCACCUUUGACGACGCUCAGAGCCAGCGCGCCUCGCUGCGAGCGCCAGCAACCGGGCGGGCGGCGGCCUACAGCAAGCUGCGCCGGAGCGAGGCGGUGCGGAAGCGGCUGCGGGGUGCGACGAGGCAGAACCGGAGGCUCGCUGCCGAUGCCAAGGAGGCGGUCCUCGCCCUGGCAGCGACGUGCAUCGUCUGGGGCGUCACUCCGUGGCUGAUGUACUCGGCGGACGGCGGCUACUGGCCCACUCGUCUCGCGCACGUAAACCCCAUCUCCCUAGUUUGCAUCGCGAUCCCGGCGAUCCCGCUCUUCUUCCUCUCGCUUCGCCCAACGGACGUGCAGGAGAUUCGCGUUGGCUGCGCGCUCUUCCUGAUCGGCUGCCUCGGCCUGGCGCUCUACGGCCCGUGGGUCGCCCGCUCGUUUUCGACGGUCGCGCUUUCAGACCCCGCUGGCCUGUGCUGGUACUACGCCGCGCAGUCCGUCAUCGGCCUCUCCGGAGCGGCGCUCACCGCGUACGCGCUCACCGCUCGCACGCUGCCACCCCGACAGCAGCUCGCCGUUCUGCUCGCGAGCGCGCGGCUGGUGCUCGGCAUCCUCGGCCUGCUCGUGCUGGGCUACUUUGGCCUGCGGGCGGCGCGGCUUGAGAAGCCGUACCGGCACCAUCCAUCCUUCCUGCCCAUCAUGGCGGCCGGCGCCUCCCUCGUCGGAUCCUCUCUCUUCUUGCUCAGCCCUUGGCUUCGCGGCCAUGCGCUCGCGGCGCUCGGGCGGCUCGGGUCAACCAAGGAGGAGCGGGAGGCGGCGCUGCUCGCGUCGCUCUGCUCGUUUCGCCGCCGCAUGACGCAGAAGGAGCUCCUCCAUGUGGCGGAGGCCGAGUUCCGCUGCAUCCGAUUCGACCGCCUCUGCUUUGAGGAUCUGGCGGAGUGCUCGCGCGGCGGCGCAAACUCCGCGCCGUCCAGCCGGCGCGAGGGCUCCGCAACAUGCCCGUCACCGGUCGGGCCAAAGGCGGGCGCCGCGGACUUUGCCGAGCGCACGGAGCGGUGCGGGCUAGGCGAGGUGGACUGCUUCAUCAGCCACAGCUGGCACGACCCGCCUGCCGCAAAGUGGGAGGCGUUGAAGGCGUGGGCCAGCACCUUCGAGGACCGGCACGGCCGGACGCCGAGGCUCUGGUUCGACAAGGCCUGCUUGGACCAGGACGACAUCACUCGCGCCCUCCCCUGCCUUCCCAUCUUUAUUGCUGGCUGCAGAUCACUCCUCAUUCUCGCUGGGCCGACGUAUGCCUCGCGCCUGUGGUGCGUCAUGGAGCUAUUUGCCUACCUCAAGAUGGGAGGCAGGCGCGAGGCCAUCACGGUGGUGCCCAUCGCCGCCUGCGCCACCGAGGAGGGGCUGCAGACCGUCUCGGAGUCCCUCGCCGCCUUUGACGCGCAGCAGGCGCGCUGCGUGCUCCCGGCCGACCGCCACCACUUUCUCGCCGUCAUCGAGUCGAGCUACGGCUCGCUGUCGCAAUUCAACUUGUGGGCGAGGACCGUCCUGGAGGAGCGCUCGACGCGCCGCUCGCCCGCCCUCCAGCGCAGCGCCGCGCGGUCGUGCGGGACGGAGGCGUCCAGUGGUGGCACGCCGCGGCGAUCAGUGGUCUCCACUGCCGCCACUGUCGUCAGCGUUGCAGAGCCCGCAGUGGCGACCGACGUGGGGGGCGAGGACGCGGACGCCGCCAGGGGCAGCUGCGGCAGGGGCAGCUGCGGCAGGGGCAGCUGCGGCAGGGUCUCGUCGGUUCGCUUCUGCGACCAUGUUUAACGUUAUUAUUCAGCCUUGACGCCUGCUUCACAGUGAGUCGUGUGCUUUAAAAAUCAAUUUGCCGCCAUGCAUUCGAGGUCUCACCUGUGUCGCGUGCCUGUCGGGUCGGCGAGAUUUGAGAGCACCUUCGCUGUUAUGUGUUAAUUAAUAAUACAAACGGAUGGU